UAAGCUCAUACCCUCGCAUCGCAUCUGUUGUUUGCUUUCUUCUCUUGCAUCGCACACUCUCGUUGUCUACCUCGCCACCGACUAAGCUCAUCCCCAUCGCCAUCUGCAGCCGUCGCCACCCUCCCCAACGUCAUCUCCGGUCGUCGCCACCCUCACCACCGCCAACUCCAGCCGUAUCCACAACAGAACUGAGAGUGUACUUUUCAUUAGUUGAGGGGCGUAAAUGAAAAUUUCCACUUCUGCAAAAUAGGAGAGAUGGGGCGCGCGUAGGUUUGCUUUAAACGGAGGCCAUCUUCGAUUCUCCAUUGUCAAUGCUCUAAGGUUCAACAGAUUUCAGCAACCCUGAUUUGUAGCUGAAAAGUAGAGAUGGCAUCCAAAUCAAGACCUAGAACAUUAAGUGUGUAUCUUUACAUCCCCAACAUCAUUGGAUACAUAAGAGUUCUGAUGAAUUGCUUUGCCUUUGCUAUAUGCUUUUCCAAUAAAGAGCUUUUUUCAAUCCUGUAUUUCAUCAGCUUUGUUUGUGAUGCCUUGGAUGGUUGGUUUGCACGGAAAUUCAAUCAAGUUUCAACAUUUGGAGCUGUUCUGGAUAUGGUCACAGAUAGGAUAAGCACUGCAUGUCUUCUGGCCAUUCUCUCUCAAGUCUACAGGCCUAGCUUUGUUUUCUUGUCUUUGCUUGCUUUGGAUAUUGGCAGCCACUGGUUGCAAAUGUACAGUACUUUCUUGGUUGGAAAAUCUAAUCAUAAAGAUGUGAAAGACAGCACCAGUUGGUUAUUUAAGUUAUACUAUGGAAACAGGAUGUUCAUGGGAUACUGCUGCAUAGCUUGUGAGGUUCUUUACAUAACUUUGUUUCUUCUUGCAAAGGAGUCAGAAAAGAUGACUGAUGUUUUACUUGGUGCUGCACAACAAAGUUUGAUAAAUUCUGUAUUACUUGCUUUUCUUGUAUUUGGAUGGGCAACCAAGCAGUUAGUCAAUAUUAUACAGAUGAAGACAGCAGCUGAUUUAUGCGUGCUAUAUGACCUCAACAAAAAGCACAAUGCAUAGUGAGACUGAAUAGGGGUUUGAUAAUGAUUGAUAUGUAUCUCUUUCUUCCUUUGAAGAAGAUGUGCAUGAAUGAUGAAAAAGCUUAAUGCAACAUAGAAUCGUGUGUAUACAAUACAUCCCUCUUCUCUUUUC